GUUGUUUCAUAUCGUAGGAGAUCAGUGUCAUUUUAACCGUUCACUUUUUAAAUCUGUCGAAUUCCCAUUAGUUUGUAAAGAACUGAUCCAAACUUGCUGCAUGACCUUACAUGUGAUUAUUGAUAUUUUUAAUGUUUGUUUUGGCUGCAGUUUUCAGGAUCAUUUUAAGAAUUAUGGCAAACCAGGCAGUCAUUGACUUCUCUGCUGGAGCAGUAGGAGGUACGGCGUGUGUGCUGACUGGUCAGCCGUUUGACACCACAAAGGUGAAGAUGCAGACGUUCCCAAACGCAUACCGGGGCUUCAUUCACUGCUUCACCUCCACCUUCAAGGAGAUGGGGAUACGUGGUCUCUACAAAGGCACGACCCCCGCCCUCAUAUCCAACAUCACUGAGAACGCUGUGCUCUUCUUGAGUUAUGGGCUCUGCCAGGAUGUGGUCCGCUAUGUGUGCAACAUGGACAAAGGCUCCAAUCUCAGUGAUUUUCAGAGGGCCUCCUCAGGGUCACUAGCAUCCAUCUUCUCUACCAUGGCCAUUUGCCCCACAGGGUUGGUGAAAUGUCGCCUACAGGCCAUGUACGAAAUGGAAGCAAGCGGCAAGGUGGUGAGCAGACAGAGAAGCACCGUGUGGACAGUGGUGAAGACUGUGAUGAAGACAAACGGCCCCUUGGGUUUCUACCAGGGACUGACGGCCACCAUCAUCAGAGAGAUACCGGGUUACUUCUGCUUCUUUGGGGCCUAUGAACUGUGUCGUUCAAAAUUUGCACAGUACCUGGGCACAGACAAAGAAAACAUAGGUAUUCUACCACUGGUGUUCAGUGGAGGGUUUGGAGGAGCUUGUUACUGGUCAGUCAUUUAUCCCAUAGACUGUGUGAAGUCCAGGAUCCAGGUGCACUCUUUAACUGGAAGACAACAGGGAUUCAGGAAGACCUUAAUGGGAAUCAUACGCUCUGAGGGGAUCUCUGCUCUGUACUCUGGCCUGACUCCGACCCUGAUUCGCACCUUCCCUGCCAACGGAGCGCUCUUCCUGGCUUAUGAGUUCAGCCGCAAGUUUAUGAUGGAGCAGAUGGACGCCUGA